UUUCUGAAAAUUAGUUAUAGGUUAUGUUGUCUUUUUUGAGUUCGAAUUCUAAUUAUUCCAAUAUCUACUACUAUAGUAAUUGAAACUAGUGAUACGACCUCUAUUAUAUUGUAUUUUACUAAAUUUUUUUAUCUGCUCUUAUUGUUUGAUUAGGAAAAUGUCGAAGUCCGUAGCUCGAUUAAAAUCAAUGAAGAAAGUUGCCGAUAAAAUAGACCAUUCGUCGAAGUUAAGGACAGACAUUCCUGCUGGAAUGGCAGCUCCUGGUCCACCGUUGGGACCCAUGCUAGGACAGCGCAAUAUCAAUGUAGCAGCCUUCUGCAAGGACUUCAAUGAGCGUACGGCGAACAUCAAACAAGGCAUUCCUUUGCCCACCCGAGUCAAAGUGAACCCAGAUAGGUCUUACAAUCUCGUCAUACAUCAACCACCUGCAACUUACUUCUUGAAACAAGCUGCUGGGAUUAAUAGAGGGGCUAUGGAACCAGUACGGGAAACCAGUGGCAAAAUCACCCUGAAACACUUAUAUGAAAUAGCUCAAAUUAAAUCCCAAGACCCGACCCUCGAUUGGAAACCAUUGAAGGAUAUAUGCACCAUGCUAAUAGCUACUGCCAGGACUUGUGGAAUUGAAGUGGUGAAGGAGCUUGAUCCGAAGGAGUACGGUGAAUUCCUCAACCAAAGAAAAGCAACUAUAGAGGAGCAGAAAAAACUAUUGCAAGAGAAACGGGAAGCGAAAAUGUUAAGAACUGCAUAAUUGUAUAGUCCUAUUCUGUAAUAGUACUUAGACUAGAAUAAUAAAGGUUUAAAUAAAUUGUAGAUAUAUAAAUAAUACCUAUUAUACA